CCGCCUCUUCCGGACACGUGACCUUCUCUCCGGCUCCUGCCGCACUUUGUGAAGCCGGUGGUACUGGCGGAGUGACAUGAUGCGGCAGUGCAGGGCCGGGCUGCUGCUGAGCCGUGCACUUUUUAAGAAUUCAUGGAGAUGGCGAGCAAGUUCUGCAAGUGAAAGAGCGUUACAGUAUAAGCCAGGGGAAACUAUCCAUGGAUUUACAGUGAAGGAGGUGACUCCUGUCCCUGAUUUGUUUUUAACUGCAGUAAAGCUUGACCAUGAAGGCACCGGAGCAAAGUAUUUACACAUCGCCAGAGAGGACGCAAAUAAUUUAUUCAGUGUACAGUUUCGGACGACUCCUCUGGACAGCACCGGGGUCCCACACAUACUGGAACAUACGGUUUUGUGCGGCUCCCAGAAGUAUCCAUGUAGAGACCCUUUCUUCAAGAUGUUAAAUCGAUCCUUAUCGACGUUCAUGAAUGCAUUCACAGCAAAUGAUUAUACGAUGUACCCAUUUUCAACUCAGAAUGCCAAGGACUUCCAGAAUCUCCUGUCGGUGUAUUUAGAUGCUGUCUUUUUCCCAUGCCUGAGAGAACUGGACUUCUGGCAAGAAGGCUGGAGAUUGGAGCAUGAAAAUCCCACCGAUUCCACUUCACCUCUCAUAUUCAAGGGCAUUGUAUUUAAUGAGAUGAAGGGCGCAUUUACAGAUAAUGAGAGAGUCUUUGCGCAGCAGCUGCAGAACAAGCUUCUUCCAGACCACACAUAUUCGGUUGUAUCUGGAGGAGAACCAUUGGAUAUUCCAGAUCUGACCUGGAAUCAGUUGAAGCAGUUCCAUGCCACUCACUAUCACCCAAGCAAUGCCAGGUUCUUUACCUACGGUAAUCUUCCAUUGGAGCAGCACUUGAAGCAAAUACAUGAAGAUGCCUUGAGCAAGUUUGAUUGUAUUGAUCCACACACUGGGGUUCCCCUGCAGCAGAGAUGGAGCGGUGCAAGAGAAUAUCUAAUCACUUGUGGAGUGGACAGUUUUGCAUCUAACCCCGCCAAACAGACGAUGGUCAGCAUGAGCUUCCUUUUAUCAGAUAUUACAGACUCAUUUGAAGCGUUUACACUGAGCCUUUUGUCCUCUUUGUUGGUUGAUGGACCGAAUUCUCCUUUCUACAAAGCCCUACUAGAAGCCAACCUUGGGACGGAUUUCUCUCCUGAUACUGGGUUUAACAAUUUCACCCGAGAUACUUACUUCAGCGUUGGAUUACAAGGAGUAAAUAAAGAUGAUUUCCUGUCCGUGAAAGAAAUCAUAAGUAAAACCAUUCAGGAGGUUGUUCAGAACGGAUUUGAGCAAGAAAGAAUUGAAGCUCUUCUCCACAAGCUGGAGAUCCAGAUGAAGCAUCAGUCUACAAGCUUCGGCCUCUCGUUGGCAUCGUACAUUGCCUCCUGCUGGAAUCACGAUGGAGACCCCGUCGACUCGCUAAAGAUUGGAGAGAAAAUCAAUAGAUUCAGACAGUGUCUUAAAGACAACCCCACCUUUCUUCAAGAGAAGGUCAAGCAGUAUUUCCAGGAUAAUCUACAUACAAUGACUUUAUCAAUGAGUCCUGACGAAAAUUACUAUGAAGAGAAAGCUCAACUGGAAAAUGAAAAACUGAACCAGAAGGUUAAAGCUUUGACUGAAGGAGAGAAAAAGCAAAUAUAUGAGAAAGGUUUGGAGCUCCUGGAGUUGCAGAGUAAACCUCAGGAUGCCUCUUGUCUCCCUGCACUUAAAGUGUCUGACAUUGAGCCAACAAUCCCGCUUACAGAUCUGGAAUUGGGUCAUGCAGGGAGCGUUCCAGUCCAGUAUUGUGCUCAGCCGACAAACGGCAUGGUUUAUUUCCGAGCAAUCUCCAGCCUAAAUGCUCUCCCUGAGGAGCUCAAGCCAUAUGUGCCUCUGUUCUGCUCUGUUCUAACAAAGAUGGGCUGCGGUGUUUAUGACUACAGAGAGCAAGCGCAGCAGAUGGAGCUGACGACAGGAGGGAUGUCCGUCUGUCCGCACGUUCUACCAGAUGACUCCAACAUGGACACAUACGAACAGGGGGUGCUGUUUUCAUCACUCUGCUUGGACAGGAAUGUGCCUGACAUGAUGCACCUAUGGAGUGAAAUAUUUAACAGUCCCCGUUUCGACGACGAGGAGCGGCUUCGAGUUUUGGUAAGGAUGAGCGCCCAGGAGAUGUCUAACGGCAUUCCAGACUCUGGCCAUACUUAUGCUGCUGUACGAGCAAGUCGGACUUUGACUCCUGCCGGGGAACUUCAAGAACUCUUCCAUGGAAUGGAUCAGGUCCGAAUGAUGAAAAGGAUCGCUGAAAUGUCUGAUCUGGGCCCAUUGUUACGGAUAAUGUCACGUAUUCGGAAAUACUUACUACUGAGUGACAGCAUCAGGUGCUCAGUGAAUGCCACACCUCAGCAGAUUUCUGCCGCAGCAAAGGAAGUUGAACACUUUUUGUCUGGUAUCCAUCGGAAUAAAAAAGAGCGCAAAGCAGUUCGACCUCAUGUUGUUCAGAAAUCUUUGAAUCCUGCCUCGGUUGGUAAAGAAGGUUCACACACAGACUUCAGAAAGCUAAUUCAUGACCCAACUUUCAAACCCUGUCAGAUGAAGACGCACUUUUCCCUGCCAUUUCCAGUAAAUUAUAUUGGUGAAUGUGUAAGGACCACUCCUUACACGCAUGCUGACUAUGCCAGCCUUCGUUUACUUGCACGAGUAAUGACCGCAAAAUUCCUCCAUGGGGAGAUCAGAGAAAAGGGGGGUGCCUAUGGAGGAGGGGCCAAGUUGGGAUUUGAUGGCGUUUUCACAUUCUACUCGUAUCGAGAUCCAAAUGCAUUGUCUACAUUGUCCACAUUUGAAAAGGCAGUCGCUUGGGCCAAGUCUGGAAAGUUUACUGCACAAGACCUUGACGAAGCCAAAUUGUCAGUAUUUUCAGCUGUGGAUUCUCCUGUUGCUCCUUCUGACAAAGGCAUGAAUCUUUUCCUGCAUGGUAUAACUGACGAGAUGAGACAGAGACACAGGGAGCAGCUGUUUGCUGUCAGUCAUUCAGAUCUCAUUAAUGUCGCCAGCAGAUAUUUGGCUAUUGGCCAGUGCACACAUGGAAUGGCUGUUCUGGGCCCUGAAAAUGCUAGUAUUGCAAAAGAUCCGUCCUGGAUUAUUCGAUGAGAUUAUUCUUCACAAAGAAGAUGAGUUCCUACUACCGCACAAAGUUUAUUAGUCCUUGUAAAGGAUACCUAUUUAUAAAUGCUUUGACAUUUAUUUUAUAAUCUUGUAAUUUUUCUUGUAAUGCUGAAUUAUAGUAUUAAAAAUAAAAGCCCAGAAAUAUUUUGACAUAUCUUAUAUUAUGUACAUCUGAUGUUCCUAAAAUUGGAUAUUCCAAACUCAAACUGGAGUUGAGACACUGUAACGUAACGUAAUGUGGAGCUAAUGCCCUGUGGUUUCCAUAUGCAGCGGCUAAAGUGCGGAUUCAUUGCCUGAUGGACCCGAUCACGCCAUCCAUCAUUUUCACUUGGAAAAAGCCCUGAUCUUUUUUUACCCUUCAGUAAAAUAUCUGUCAGCCGCAGUGAAGAACACAGUGCUUGAUGUCCGAUGGAGAAAAUGAUAAAAUAAAAGAACUUUGA